AUGCAUUUCCUCUGCCUUCACGGCGCCAUCGGCAACACCGAGACUAUCACUAUUCAGUUAGCACCACUAUUGAAGGAGUUGAACACCGACAGUUCAGCAAUAACCUUUCACUAUCUCAACGGUCCUCUCCUGGUUUCCCCUCCCCCAGGAUUUGAGGCGUAUUUCGGUGUGGGACCGCAUUACCGGUGGAUUGAUGACGGCCAAAAGCCCGGAAAGUCCACGAUUCGGCGCGUCCGGGACCUGCCAACUAGCGAGAGCAAUGAUGAUGCCAUGAGGGAGGUCUUAGGGGAUGUACACUGUCGAAACUAUGCGGAUCUCAUGGAUUACAUUGAGGGUGUCUUGGAGAAGAACCCAGAAAUCGGCGGGAUGAUCGCCUACAGCGAAGGAGCUGCGGCAGCUGCGACGUAUAUUCUCGAUGAACAACGUCGACAUCGCGAAGACGGCCGCGAGCGCCAAAUCAAGUGUGCCAUGUUCGUUGGAGGCUGGCCAGCCAUGAGGCGAGACACGAAGGGGUUCAUCCUUGCAGAUGACGGCGGGGAUGAAAUGAUCGACAUUCCCACGCUUCAUGUCCUAGGGGCGAACGACCCUUACCGAUAUGGCUCGGAAGCACUCUUUGAAACCUGCGAUCCUGAUGCAGCCGAGUUCUUUGAUAUGGGCAAAGGGCAUACUCUUCCACGGUCGGGGUUGGUGAUCAGUGAAUUAGCGCAGUCAACACUCAGUGUCCAGUUAGGGCCUUUACAGAAAAACCUGGCGGCCGAUAAUACCGCUUCAUUUUAUUGUGUGAAUGCGCCACAUGCCACAACCGCCCCUGGAGGCUACAUAGAAUAUUUUGGUCACCCACCCCACUACCGCUGGCUUAAUUACGUUGGCGUUGGUAUUGAUGCCAUCUACGACACUGUCCGCGGGGCGCGAAGCAAACAACAUGCUACUCCAGAGGAUACCUUUCGAUCGCUUAUACCUCCUGAGCUUUCCUGGGUCAACCAUGAAGAUGUUUUGAAAUAUAUUGAAGAGACACUGGAGAAGAAUCCCGACAUUGAGGGUCUCCUGGGAUACAGUGAAGGGGCGACUGUUGGGGCGGCAUAUAUCUUGCGCGAACAGAUGAGGGAGCAGGAGACCGGCCGCACGCGGCAGAUUAAGUGCGCGAUCUUUCUCGCUGGGAUCCCCCCAGUCAAAGCGGAGAAUGGAUUUAUAUUUGCCGAUGAACAAGAGGAGAUGAUCGACCUCCCCACUGUCCAUAUCGUUGGCGCAAAUGACCCUUUUAGGAUAGCCGCGGACUGUCUAUACAACAUUUGUGAUCCUGAUAGCGCUUACUUCUUUGAUACUGGCAAGGGACAUACCAUUCCACGUGGAGGGCCAGUGAUCGAUGAGUUGGGAGACACAAUUCGAGAAUUGGUUCAGAGGACAAAGGAAGGGUGA